CCCACAUCCUCCAACAUCUCCCCAACAUCUCCCCAACAUCUCCCCGCACCUCCGAAGUUCUCCCCAACAUCUCCCCAACAUCUCCCCGCUCCUCCCGAGUUCUCCCCAACAUCUCCCCAACAUCUCCCCGCACCUCCCGAGUUCUCCCCA